CUGUCUAUGUGUGUCAACUUCAAACAAGCAUGUCAUUUGCCCACCAUUUAAGUAAUUUAUUAUAUAAUAUUUUACCGGCUUUUUUAAUGUGUUGCAUACUUUUCGGCUAUUAAACCUUAUUUUCUUCCUGUUUUGCAAAACUAAUUUUUUUCGUAUCCACAGCUUUCUUAUUUUGCACACCAUAUAGCAUUAUGUGUAUGUGUAUAUAUUCACUGUGCCUCAUGCAUUCUUGUAUGUACAUAUGUAUAUAGCGUAUGUCUUUUCUUUUUCUGCAAUUGCUGUGUCAUCCCACAAAUUUUUGUGUAAAUUUUAUGUCAUAUAUUUUUCCCAUUCUUCCGAUUUUUUUUAUUUUUUAUUGUGUCUCGUGGUGGUCGUGUGUCCCCCCAUUUUUUGUGCUUUUUUCUCUCUCUUUGUCUGGUUUUCUUUAUAGAAAACAACAUAUAAAAUUUCUGCAUUUAUCAAAAAAGGUACUUCUCACACCACCCGAUGAGGGGCCGCGCGUCAAGGGGCAACGCAUCAAACUGCAAGACAUCGUGGAUGGACUCUUUAUGCCGCAGCGUGCCAACGGUACAUGGAUAAAUGGCGAGGAAUUUGUUUAUCAGGAUCACUGGGGAAGAAUCGUGUUGUUAAAUGCAUCUAGUCUAAAUGAGCGAGUUCUCAUGUCGAAUGUGACAUAUAAAACAUUUGCACCUUAUACAUUCUCCAUAUCGGCCGAUAAACGCUAUAUCUUAUUGGCGCAGAAUGUCGUAAAACUUUUUCGGCAUUCGUUUUUGGCACAGUACACGCUCUUCGAUAUACAAACAAGUGAAAGCAUCAAAUUGAAAAUCGAUGCACAUAGCGAUGAGUGGCCCUAUCUACACUAUGCCCGCUUCGUAACCACUCAAGCGGCUAAGCGAGACAAUGCAAGCACCACCUCCACCAGCACCGGCACCAUAACUGGUGGCAAUGCGCUGGUGUUGGUCUAUAACUAUGACAUCUACUACUGCCAAGGGCCACGCUCCACCAAUCAUGUGUACCGCAUAACGCGCGAUGCAGUGCCUGGCAUCGUCUACAAUGGCAUACCCGAUUGGCUCUAUGAAGAGGAAAUCCUGCACUCGAAUAAUGCAAUUUGGCUUUCGGAGAAUGGACACUUAAUGCUUUACGGUGCGUUCAAUGACUCGCUGGUGCAGGAACAACAUUUCGCUUGGUAUGGCACAACAAGUGGCGGCAAUCCGAAUGCGUAUCUCUAUCCGGAAAUCAGAUCAUUAAGGUGAGUAGAGUGGCAUUGU